CUAUGACUACGUUAGGCAGAGUUUCAAAAGUUUAGAAAAUCAUGGAAAUUGAUCAAACAAAGUACUUCAUUGAAAGUAAUUGUUUGUGCAUUCAAAAACCUUGUACGUUACUCAGGUGAACAAAUUCCCGAGGACGAUUCGUUGUCUUCUGUUUUCUCAGUCAAAGUAGAAGAUUUGCCAGACAUACCCAAAGAUGAUGAAAUUGACCCCUUAAUUCAAAGGGUUGGAGAAACUCUGAAGGACUCAGAGGCACAGAAAAAAUGUGAGGCUAUAUGUCCGAAUAUUAGUUCGUGUGUCUCACCACCAUCUGUGGAUGAGUUCUUCCGUACAUAUUUGCAGGAAAAUGGAUUUUCAGAAACUCUGAAUACAUUUCAAGCAGAAUGGUUUAGUUAUUUUCAUUUCUUUGAUUUUUAGGUUCAAGCUUUUACAUAAGGGUUUACUUAACGAGGAAAAUAUACCAAUGCCAGACGUCUUCAUACAAAAUGAAGGACUGAGUAACAUAGUUAAGAACUUGAGAUCCGAAAACACUGACUUGAGAAAUUCAGUUAUGUAAUAGCUUUUGAUUUGAUGACAAACAACUUACUGUUUUAGAAAACUCAGUGAAGAAUUGAGGAAGACUAAAAAUGAGAGGGAUUAUCAUGUAAUCAAACAUCGGCAAAUUCUUCAAGAUAAGGAAAAGCUACACUCAGACAUUAAGAAAGUGAAAGAACACUAUGCUGAAUAUGAGCCUAUUUUAAGACUGUUAAGACAAAAGUAUGAAACUGCAAUGAAAGAGAAGACAUUGCAUAGAAUUGAACGUGAUAAAGCAAUGAAUCAGGUGGAAGGACUAAGGAAUGCAUUAACCUCACUGCAAAAACUUGGUAUCGCAACGAAUGAUCCAAAUGAUAUUGAUUAUGUUAUGGCUGACAAUAAUAAUAAUAAUAAGACAGACAAUAUGAUCAAUAAACAGGGGAAAACAGAACGUGGUCUGCAAACUUUAUUCAAGUCUGAUGGAUUAGUUUACUGCAAUAAACUAGCUAAAAAUUCAAAAAGGGGAAGAAUUUGUGAUUUACCAGCAGAUCGUAAAGUGAAUCCAUUACUGGCAAAACUUGCAAAUCGUCCAUAUAAAUUUACUCGUUUAGAUAAUAGAAAAUUAGAAAUGAGUAUUUUUGCUCAUGAAGCUACAAUAAGCAAAUUGGCUAUUCAUCCAAUCAAAUCAUGGUUAUGCUCAAUUAGUGAUGAUAAAUCAUGGAAACUAUGGAAAAUUCCAAAAUUGGAAUGUUUAAUGGAGUAUAAACUAACAACGGAUUGGAUAUCAUCUGUGGAUUUUCAUCCUACUGAUGAGAUUCUAGCCACGGGGAAUGGUAAAGGCAGUAUUCAGAUUUGGAAAAUUCAACUUGGAGAAGAGGAAUCAAGUCAAAACAACACUAAACGAAUCGGCUUACUACGACAACAUGCAGGUGCUGUAUGGUCAAUCAACUGGCAUUGGUGUGGCAAUUAUUUAGCCAGUUGUGGUAUGGAUAAUACAAUACGUCUAUGGAAUGUUGAAUAUGCUACACUGGCGUAUGCUACAAUGAAUAAAGGUUUGAUGAAUUCAUAUUCUUGUGGAUCUUGUUGUACAAUCCUUAGAGGACAUAGUAAAUCUGUGAAUUCUGUACAAUUUGUACCAUAUGGAAAUAUAUUGGUCACAGGUUCAUCUGAUAGAACAGUCUCCUUAUGGGAUGGUCGUACGGGUCUAUGUGAACAUACAUUUCUUGGACAUACCCAUUCAGUCAAUCAUGCUAUAUUCAAUCAACAAGGUACUUAUGUUAUAUCAUGUGACACUGGUGGUUUUAUACGACUUUGGGAUUUAAGAAAGUUGAAUAAUUUCACAUUCGGUAUAAAUUUACCUUCAGUAACAAAAGGCACACAACUAUCUACCACUGCUACUAAUAAUAAUAAUACUCAUAAUAGUAAUAGUAGUAUAAAUGAAGACGAGACGAAAACAUUGCCAACUUCUUUCGACUUGAAUAAAUGCAGUAGAAAACCAGAUCAACAAUCACGUCGUCAUCGUCAUAAUCGUGCACAAAUUCCAGGGAAACAACAACAACAACAGUCUGAACAGCAACCGCAUAGUGAUCAACAGUAUCAACACCGGCAACAGUCGAAUAAAGUUGGAGUGAAUCAGUUGGUUGUUGACUUGAGUGGUGAAUAUAUUCUGGCAGCUUGUGAUGAUUCGAAGAUUUAUUGUAUAGAAAUAUCGACUAGUCAGAUAUCAACUUUACAAGGUCAUGAAGAUUCAGUACAAUCAAUUGUAUUAGAUUAUGAAACAAAUUUCUUGUAUUCAGCUUCAAAUGAUCAAAAAAUAUGUUCAUGGGUGUAA